AUGCAGCCUCAAGAUCACGAAAGCACACCCGACCGCGUCGCAGGCAGCGAACCACCGAUCCCCAGACUUUUCCCAACCCGGUGCAUCCAUGCCGGCCUGAAGCUGAGCGAGCGCCUCGACAUCACCAUCUCGGCAUUCAACACGUACGAGAAGAGCAUAAAACCGAUGGACGAGACCCUGCGCAUGGCCUGCGAAGUAAUGAGGAACAGUCUCCUGCGGGACAUGCUGCCCCGACUCGACACCUACCGAGACCAACUCCUCCAAGCCCGGGCGAUGACGGCGUUUGAUCCUGAUGACGAUUCUGCUAAUGCUGCGCCGCCGACACGUUGGGACCAGAUCCCUGCGUAUCUCGAGCGUAUCGCGCGUGUUAUUGAUCGGGAACUGCCAUCGAUGAGCCCGGAGGAGGCUUCUUUUCAAGUGCCACUCAAAACGCCAUUCACGACGCCGGGCCAGGAUGUGCCGUCGGCUUCGCACAUACAUGAGCCGGCCCCGACGACGACGACGACGCGUCAGGCACCCAAGACGGUGAAGCAGAAGAAGAAGAUCAAGAUACGAGUGAAGUAG